AUGCCCAAACAACAUGUGUGUUCACAUCAGUCGUCGCGUUUGAAUCGAAUUAUUAUUUCGAUUUCGUGAAUUUUUUAAAUUUACUACGACAAAAAAUUAUAUUGUUUUCGACAUGAAAUAAAAAAAAUUUUUAACCGAUAAACGGAACAAUAAAAAAAAAGUUUCGCACUUUGAAAAUCCACAACAUACGUACUUUUUAAAAUCAAAAUCGAUAACCACAAUAAAAAAACUUCACCUGGAAAUUAAUUUUUGUCAGUUUUUUUUCGGUACUGUUGUAACAUUGUUAUGUUGGAUUUUAUUUGUAUGUGUAUGCUGCAAGUUCGCGAGUGAUUGUGAGUUUGUUUUUAAAGUUUGUUUAAUUUGUUGAUUACGAGCAUCGAAAAUUUUCGCACGUUUGAUAUUUGGCGAAUUUGUAUUUUUUUUUUUUUUUUCAAACAUAACUUCGGUCCAUACCGUCGGAAGUAUUCUUUUAACUCUACCACCAAAAAAACAUACGUUUGGUUUGUCCACAUUGUUCAUGUGCUUAAAAACAGACAUAGCGAAAAUUUUUGUUCUUGAUGAGACGACGAACAACAAUAUUUUUUAGCAGCAAACUAAUUAGCUUCCACAUACACAGAGAGAAGCAGAACAAAAAGCAAUCAUCAAUGGAAUUGAUCACUUUUUAUUUCGAAAUAGAAACGAAACCAUCACUAAGUAUCAGUGAAAAGAAAUACAAGUAAACUGAGAGAACGAAGAAAAAAAAAUUCAACAAACAACUUACAAUUUCAAGUAAAAUAUUUGACAAGUGAAAGAAAAUCCAUUCGAAUAUCCUAAUGCUAGAAAUUUACAAGAAUUCAAAUAUAUAUUCACAUGGUGAUAACAAUUCAAAUUGCAAAAAAAAUAUUAAGUGGAAACUUAUUCAAAUUGAUACAGCAUCCAUGCUGAAAGUGAUGCUGUUAAUUCAUAUAAACAGUGAUUUAUAGUUUUUGGUGAAUUUUGAAGUGACUUUAAGAUUAAUUUUUCCGAAACAACUGAGAUAGACAUCAGUGAAACAAAAACAAGACCCAAUUCUUGUCAUUUUGAUUGAGUUGAAGACGACGAUCUUAGUGUGAAUUUCCUUUGGCGGUUUGGCGUUUACCUUUUACUAAACGGCAGAAAACUUUUAUUUUGGCGCGAAAAUUACAACAGCGCUUGAUAGUCUGGCGAUCCUGCGAGUUUACAGGCGGAGUUUUGUAUGUACACUGCAACUUAAUAUACAGUUCGCUGGUCUUUGUCCCGCUGUAGAAAUUUUGCUGGUGCUGGUUCUGCUGAUGCUGCUGCUGCUGCUGCCUCUAUAAAUAAAGACUUUGGGCGGAUUUUUCACCUUUGAUUCAUUUAUCAAUUUCGUUACAAUUGAACGUACACGGCUGACAACAUCGUUUAGAAGCGUUUUACUGUCAGUGAGCUCGGUGUGUCUGUCGAAGGAUCCGAUUAAAUGCAAUUAACAUUCGUGCAAUCAAGUUGCUGCAGGCACGUACAACUUGACGCAAUUUAAACGAUUACAACAAAUUCCAGCACUUUGGUCUGAUUAUACACAAGAGAACGAAGACUUUAGCACCGAACGAUAAAGUUUUUAUACAUCCUGAAUCUUCUAACGGAAUUACUAAGACGAAACUCACACAACAAGCUUCAACAGAAAAACAAAAAAGAAGCGAACAGAGAAAAAAAAAAGAUCGAAAAAGGAGAAAAAUAAGAACGAAAACGAAAAUACAUAACGGCGACGUAGUUAAAAGCAUCAACAUUGAGGGAGACAACUAUUCAGUAUCAUCGAGAUUAAGUAUCAUCACUUUCAGGAGGCAAGAACUAUUGCACUUUCCAACUUUGUUAUAAUUUUGAUGAGAACGAAUGAACGAAGGAGCAAACCGAACAGAAUAAAAAAAAACUGUAUUGCUUUGGAUCUCAUUCGAUAUCCCGAUGCCUCUGCCACACAGGGAGCGACGAAUUGCGAAUGAAAGAAAAUUUAGUGAUGAGAGACGGUAAAUUUAAUAGUGGCAACAAAUAGUUUAAUAAAAUAGCGAACAAAACGGGAAAAACUUUGCGUCCAACAGACAAACAAGAAACAAUUAAAAAUACAAGUUGACUUUAAGAAGCAAAUGAGUGUCGUAAAAUAUGUAUGCAGCCGAUAAACACAGUGCCGAGAUUACCAAUAAUAAUAAGCGACCGGAAAGUUUUGUUUCGUGAUACGAUCGAUAAUAUUGAAAUGGAUAAAUGAAUACACACUAUCAAUUUGUGUGCAAGUGUGUAUCUUUUAAAGCCAAGCAAUCAAAUUAAGAGACCAAACAACAAAGAAUACCUAUAAAUAAAUUGUUUUCAAACGAAUUUUAGCCAGAAUUAUAAUACAAACCCCAAUCCAACUCCUGCUCUAUUUGCAAUUUAUUAUUCAGUGUUAUCAAGUGUAUUUUACUAAUAUAAUUUUGUGUAGUUUUCUGUUUGUAAAUUCUGUGAUAUUAGAAUCGUAUUUGCUCCAAACUAUUUCUAUACCGGUCGUGCUCGUUUUUUCCCUUCAUUUCAUUUCUUAUACACAAUAACGCAUUGCAUUCUCUUACACUGUCAUAAAAAAAACUCAUAAAUAACUUUGUUUUUUUUUUUUUAAACUAUCAACAAUAAAAUUCAAAGCCAUCAAUAAACGCAAAGAAAUUAUUCAACUUCUAUUGCGAGAAGCAGUGUGACCUCUGAAACGAUUCAAAGAUAUUUAAAGGGAAAGAAGACCAAGAACACUAAAAACGAAUAAAACAAAUAAAAAGAAAAAUAAAUUAAAGAAAAUGUUUACCAAAAUGUUGAGUUCGCGACGUUUUUAUACGAUUUUGCUUCUGCAAUCAAUAAUAUUGUUUAGUGCUGUGAUUGGCAUCCGCUGGGAGCAUUCAGUCGAUUUGAAUGAUGACUACCGGGUGCUGUGGACCAUAAACAAACUGCCAUCGAUUUCGCAACAACAGUUGUUGGCACACACACAGCAGCAAUCAUACUUACCACAUUUGACUGAAAUCACAUUUGAAAUACAAGUGCGAACGCUUGGUUACAUCGGAUUCGGCUUUUCACCGGAUGGUCAACGGGCUGGUGCCGAUAUUGUAAUUGGUUGGGUGGAUCAUGGACAAACGUAUUUCCACGAUCGGCAUAUAAAAAGGAAUGGCGAUAGCGAACCAUUUGUUGAUCCAUCACAGGAUUAUGUAUUACUGUUAGGCUAUGAGAAUGCAACUCACACGGUAAUGCGAUUCAAACGGAAAUUGGACACAUGCGAUACUUCACACGAUGUUCCCAUAACGAAUGAUACGAUGCGUGUCGUGUACAUGUAUCAUGAAUCGGAUCCACUGCACGGAUCAGUGGUACCAGGUAGUUUGCCGAAUACUCGAAAGGCAUUCAAAGGAUACAAACCGUUAUCAAUAACACAGCGUCAACCACAAGACGAAACAAUGUCAACCGUUGCUCUAGGCUCGUUAUUAGCAUCGUCAUCAUCAUCAGCAGCAUCAUCAUCCUCGUCAUCGUCUGCCACAUCCGCACAAUUAACGGUAUUGCCAUCACAAUCGGCCACCAGCAAAUUACAUGUAUUCGAAUUGCUUAAUGAAGACGUCAAAUUACCGGCUACGGAGACAUUGUACUGGUGUAAAGUUUUCGAAUUUCAAUCCAGUCAAAAACAACACUUGGUUAAGUUUGAGCCAGUGUUCGACUCAAAGCGCAGUAAAAACAUACUGCAACAUAUAAUUCUGUACGAAUGCCAAUCGUAUGGAUCUUCUUCUGAUAAGUUGGCGGCAAUGGCACAUGAACCGGGUCGCUCUUGUUAUGGCCGUCCAAAUUUGCCAUGUAAUGCAAUUGUCGCUGCAUGGAUAAGAGGCUCAGAGAGUUUCACCUUUCCACCGGAUGUUGGUUAUGCACUCGAUUCGCGAUAUUACUUGAUGGAAACUCACUACAGUGACAUGGAACCACCGAAGGAUUUAGAAAGUUUGCACUCAAUGCCCGCAGCCGACAAUUCUGGUCUCAAACUUUACUAUACAUCCGCACUACGAAAAUACGAUGCUGGCGUUUUAUCAAUCGGAAUGGAUCCAAGCUGGCGUCAUAUAAUUCCACCGCUUCAACAAAAAGUAAUAUCGGAGGGGCAUUGUACGGAUGAUUGUACGAAGAAAAGCUUUCCGCCGCAGGGUAUAUCAAUAUUUGCUGUGAUAAUGCAAACCCACAAUAUUGGAAAAGAAGUGAAAUUGCGACAGAUUCGGAAACGCGAAGAAUUGUUGCCAAUCGUAAUCGAUCGAAAUGUGCACGCGGGCUAUUCUGAAUACCGGCGAUUGUCACCACCGGUGCGUGUGAACCCGGGUGAUCGUUUAAUUGCUGAAUGUACGUAUAACAGUUCGCAGCGGACGGCAAUUACAUUAGGCGGUUUGACCACACGAGAGGAAAGUUGCAAAGCAUUUGCUGUUUAUUAUCCAAAACAGCACAAAUUAACUACGUGUCAUUCGUUACCGAGUCUGCCGACGGUUUUGCAUUCGCUAGGAAUUAGUGAACUGGCCAUGGACUCCAAUCCGGUGCUUAUUUUGAAACCAGCUGAAUUGGCCGGCAUGUCAUUGGAAAAUCGUCUCACCAGCUAUGAUUGGCAAAGUCAAUUCGAUGUAUUUCAACGAGUCACGCGAAACGGUUCAUUUCGGCCCAUUUGUUUGGAUGCAAGAAAUAAUAUGUUAGCGGGCACCGAAUCGAUUGAACGCUCCAGCCCGACGUUAACGAAAUAUUGGCAGCAACCAGCCGACACCUGCGUUCAUUUUCAACAUAAUUACAAAAUUGGAGAAAUAACAAAUGUGAUUGAUACACGGAAAAAUUAUGUGGCCGCCAAUGAAGGUAAUUCGGAAGCUGAAUCGAUGAGCUUAAGUGGAAGUCGAACGAUCAAUACACCAUUAACGAAUCUAGCGCUAUUCAUAUUGGCGCUGUCGAUCAUGGCAUUUGCUACUUAAUGAGAUGACUACAAUACCGACACCGAUAACAACAACAACUGCAAAUGAAUCUGCUUUAUUAGCUAUCGAAUUAUUGUUAAAUGAAACAACCGGAACUUUUCAGUUAGGUUCAACCAUUUAAAAAAAAAAUGAAGAUAACCAAAUACUACGUAGUAUAACCAAUCGACAUGCAUUAUAGCAAAACAUCAAACAUCCAACAAUCAGUUCGUUAUCGUGGUGGUAUCCUGUUUACGUAAUUAGAGUAGAUUCAAACAAAAAAAAAACUAAGUGAAAAAGCAUUAGCAGUUUACUAUAUACAUUAUGUGUAGUUAUAUGAUGCCAGUGUACAACAAUUGGUACGAUAAUUUUGAUUGUGAUUUUAUUUGUCAUUUGAAACAACACAUGAAAAAUGAAAAAAAAAAAAAAAAUAGAAAUAAGUUGUACAUUUCUUUGAAUAACAAUGUAAUGACAGCAUCAAUUUCAGUGAAAAAUUGACGAUCAUAGUUCUUUUGGGAAAAUAAGAAGAAAAAAUGACUAGUAAGAUUAAAGAAAACCUUGAAACAAGAUCGGGAAAGUUAUCCGUUUUUAAAACGAUAAAUGAAUAACUAAGAAUAUGACAUCGCGCAAGUGAACGCUUCUAGUGUACAUUUUCAGAUUGUCCAUUUCUUUUCACAUAUUUGCUUUUCAACUUUCGAACCAAAAUCCUAUUCCAACUCCAACUCCAAUUUCCAAUGGUUUUUCCUUUUCCGACUUAGAAUACCAUCAACUGCAAUACCAUUUCUUAAAAUGGAAAAUUUCGCAAUGAAACCAUCAAAUCGAGAUCGCUACAUAAUACAUAUAAUAUUUCAAAUCGUUUUUCUGCCACAUCCAAAACUGAUUGCAUUGGUAGACUGAAUGUAUUUAAUGGUUUUACUUCAAUGGAACUGGGUUAUUUAAUGGAUGGAUUGAACAAAUUAUUUUGCAUCGUAUAAAACAAACGAUAGUCAAUUAAUGAUCACAGAUUGUUUGGUGCAAUGCAAUUUGAUUUGUUUACGAGUGCCUUAACCAAUUUCAAAAACGUUGGCAAAGUGAAAAAAAAAACAAAACAAAUAAAUAAAAUAUGAGCAUUAAAAAAAAUUGUGAACCAAAAACAUAACACAUACUACCCGUUACACUAUGUAUAUUUUAAAUGAAUGUAUAUAAAUCCAAUUUAAUUUCUUCUUCAUCACAGUCAUGCCACCAUCACGUGAAAUGCAUAGAAAAACAGAAGCUAUGCAAGUCUCGAUCACACGCUAGGUCCAUCGAUGAAGAAUUGUGUGAUCGGCAAACAUAAUGGCAUUUUCCAUAAUAAUUUGAGUUCCUGCUGUAUCGUUACUCGACUAUAAUCACUUUAAUAAAAAACAAUGGUUUCUUUGCUCUCUACGUACAAAUGAAUAAAAGAGAAAUGAAUAAAACACACUUUAAUCAGCUUUGAUAUCAGGCCCAAAAUUCAUAUUUGCUCGUCCGAAUUUGCGACUAACUUACACAUACACACACACAUACGCUUUGUUGUCAGGUUUCAAUUUCCCUAUUUUAUUUUGCGCGCGAUGUUGUACAAAUCGACAAAAGAUUGGAAAUUUUGUUUUCAGUUAAAGUAAAGUGAACUUUUGCUAUUCAAAUCGAACUGGCAUUUGGGAAAUUUUGUUUUUGAUGGUUAAGUGAAACCUGUGUGUUUUUUCGGUUACAUUUUAGUUUUCGUAAACGAACAAGAAAAAAAAGCAAAUAAAACACAAUUUUUUUAAUCAUAUAUUUCGGACAUUAAAAUUCAGACUUAUUAUACGAAAAAACUCAAAGAAAGAACAAGAACGGAGUAUCAAUACGUUUUAAUGAAAAUCAUUCUGGAUAAGUGUCGUAUACUUUCGUAGUUUAAAUUUCGGGAGUGCAUUUCUCGAAAUAUUAUAUAGUCUCACUGGACAAAACCGUAAAAGAAUGAUGAUUAACAAACUGAAAUGAAAACGUUUGAAAAUAGAUGAUGAAAUCAUAAAUGUCUAUAUGUAUGUCUUUUCGCAAGAAAAUUCAAAGUCAUUUGAAAUUGAAACAAAAAAUAUAUAUUAUCAGAAUAUUAAGAAUAUACACAACAAAGCAGAUGCAAAAAAAUCUUGUCCAAUUUGAAAUGUGACGUAGCUUACAUAGUUUACGCUUGUGUAUGGCUAAAUAUUGUAUUUCACACACACAACAUGAACUUUAAUAUACACUUUUGAAUUUUCCGAAAAUAAAUGGAAUUCAUGAUGAACAAAAAUGAAAAUGUAGAAAAGUAUCGUAGACAUCAUAAUUUAAUUUAUUCAACUAAUUUAUUCAACCAGCACGAUCGACAUUGGUGUUUGGAAAAACUAUUGAAAAUUUAUAUUGGCAAAUAAAUGCUGAGAAAAGAAGAAUAAGAAAAUAAUACGAAAACAAGUAAUAACAAGUGAAAAAGAUGUAUUUUAAGUGAGUUUUAGCUGAGACCAGAAUAUUGAGCUCAUUUUGCUUAAUUUAAUAAUAUAAUAACCAUACCCAUCUAUCUAGCCAUAAGAUGAAGCAAUGGGAUAAACAAAGGAUAAAUGAAGCCAAACGAAAAGCGAUGACAAUGUUUUUUUCAUCUCUUUUUCAAGUGUUACUUUUUAUAUUUAAAAUAUGAAAAUGACUAGAAAACGAAAACAAAAAAAAACUAUGCCGGAAAAUCUGUAAAAACAAAACAUGUUUUAUGUGGAAUUGGAAAAGUUGAAUCUAAGACAUAUGUAAAAUAUCACAUGUAAUCUAUAGUAAUUCUUAAUUUAAAAAAAAGAUACAGAACGAUGAUUUAAGAUACAUGAAAGUAACAUAUAUUACAUUUAAGUAAGCUUUAUCCAGAGUAAGCCAAAGAAUAUUGUGAAUGAAAUGAAACAAAUCAAGUAACCGAUCUAACACAUCGGUUGUGUAGCCCGAGUUUAAAAUGCAGCGGUCACAUCUUUUGACGCUUGAUUGAUUAUAAAAAAAAAAAACGUAAAAAGUCGACGAAAACGCACUGAAAGUAAUAAUAAUAAAUAAUGAAUGAUAAAUAAUGAAAAGCAAUACGUAUACAUUUAUACAUCCAAAAGUAAUAUACUAACAUACAUUUUUUUUUGAUUAAAGGAAAACAAACAACAGAAGAAGUAACAAAGCAAACAAACAAACAAAUUGAUAUAGUUGAUUUUAAAUGUGAAAACUAUUGUAGCAUUGUAAUUAGAAAAUAUUUGCAUGUAAGAAUAAUCCACAAGAGAACAGGCAGAGACAGAGGGAGAGAGAGAGAGAGUGGUAGAUACAUUUAAAGAGCAUUAUGCAUUCUAUUUAAUCUAAUUUUAGCAAGGAUAAAAUAAUGAAUACACCCACAGCAACCGCAAUUUGAAAUACAGAAAACAGACAGAGUAAAUUUAAACAACAAUAAACAACACUGCCCGUUCGUAGAUCACGCAAGACUUGUGGAUAAGACUAAAAAUAAAAGUAUCUAUUGAUCUAGAGAAA